CUAAACGUGGUGCUAUCGAACUCUACGCUUUCAGGCGAGGAUGGUAGGGAGCUCUGCCUAGCUCUCAAUGGCAUAGUCUAUGACGUGUCCUCAGGAUCGCAACACUAUGGAAAAGGUGGUGGAUACAGGCUUUUCGCUGGAAGAGAUGCUUCUCGAUGCUUAGCGAAGGGUUCGUUGGAUGAAGCGGACAUACCCACUUUAGUAACUGAUAACCUGGUAGACUUGACAGAGGAUGAAGUUGGUACACUAAAAGGCUGGGUGCAGAUGUUCUCCAAGUAUCCCCGGGUGGGGGUCUUGGAGGGAUUUAUAUCCAGUGCAGCAGAAGUUGAACCAACCAAGGUAUUUGCCGCUGCUAGAUCGGGAAAAACUGAAGACCUUAGACAGGCGCUGAAAGGAGACCCAGACUGGCUGAAGGAUGAAGAUAAGCUGUACGACGACACCGGAGCUACUCCUCUACAUAUAGCUGCUUCCGAGGGUUACCUGGAGUGUGUCAAGGUUCUUCUGGAGAGUGGGGUAGAUAAAGACAUAUUAAAUCUGGCGUCGAAGGAAACACCUCUCAUAGGAGCCGCGCGGGGAGACCAUGCAGAGGUUCUCAAAUACCUUCUGAGUUUAGGAGCUGAUCCAGAGGCAAAGGAUGCUAUGGGUUACACUUCACUGAUACACGCCAGCAUGCAUGUCAGUCUCAAGGUGAUGGAGGAACUCAUCAAGGGCGGGGCCGACGCGACUUAUGGCGAUGCAGAAGGCUGGACGUGCUUACAUUGGGCCGCCGCGAAGGACACGCCGAAGUCGAUUGACAAACUUUGCCAAUUGAAUGCGCUUGAUGUUGAUGCACAGGAUAAAGCCGGAAACACAUCACUGCACUGGGCAGGGAAAUACGGAAAUGCAAACGCGUACAAAGCCUUGGUAAAAAACAAGGCGUCAGAGACCAUACUGAAUUCGGAGGGCGAAGCACCUCAGUUAGCAGCGGAGAAGGCGCACCAAACUGACUGUGUAAUAUCAUAGAGACUUGAACAUAUUUUUAUAAUAAAGAAAGGCUGGUAUCAGACAGGCGAAUGUUCCAUG